AUGAAGUUGCUCGACGAGAAGACAGCAAACCGUCACAAACACGCUGCUGCGCUGCUCGGGCUUCUUCGUUUCGUGCCCGAUGACCAAGUUCAUGACGUCCUCCAGCAGUUGCGGGCCGGGAGAGAUGCCGGGAACAUCGUCGACAGCCUCAGAGGGCAGUUCCAUUCCGCCGAUGAAAUCCCCUUUCCCAACCUCCUCCAGGCGGCUCCUCCUCCUGGUCAGACUUCUCUAGAGUUCGAGUUGAUGGUGCGUCACGCCGCCGCCUAUUCACCCUGGGCUCCGACAGAACUCCCACGACUAGAUUUCGACUCGGCGUUGAAAUCAGCUCCAGGCAUUUCCAUCGAAUCGCCUUCUUCAGGACUUUCGCCAAUUUCGACGGAUACGCCAUCUCCCCUCCCUCCUACAGAAUCAGAAGCGUCUUCUUCUAGCGGUAGGCCUCGUUUUAUGACCGCGAACUCGCGAGACGGCAGUGCCGGUCACAGUUUCAGCUUUAGUCCCCAAGGCAAGCCCGGCAAGCGAGAGGCUGGGGUUGCCAGCCCCCCACCUCUCUGUGAUGAAAGACUUCUUAACGCGGACAUUUUGGCAUGGACUUCAGUGAAGAUCCCCAGUCCAGCAGCCAGGAGAAUCGUUUCUCUGUAUCUCGAAACAGAUCACGCCAUCACGGCACUAUUCGACGUUGAUCUCUUUCUCAACGACUUGAUAUCCGGCGGCUCACGCUUUUGUUCCAGACUCCUCGUCAGCUCCCUGCUUAGUUGGGCUUGUCAGGCUUACAGGUCUUACGAUUUGGAGGCGACGGCUUGGAGUUAUUCCUUCUAUGAUGAGGCGGAACAGCUUCUGGAACAAGAGACGGCACUGGGAAUGUCAACUCCGAACACUGUGGCGGCCAUGAUUUACUUGAGCAUGUCCGCGACCUGCCAUGCGAAGAGUACUACAGCCGCUACCGAGCAUCUGGAUCACGCCAUCGAUCUCGCCAAAAGCAUAGGACUGUUUGGUAUCGCCGACGAGGGCAUGUCCGAGAGAUGGCCAGACGGAGCUACCGACUUUCUCUGGGAAAAAUCACUGACACAGACAGCCUGGGGAAGUUUUGUCUACAUCACAUCGCCAAUUCCAGGAGACGCGGCAGACUUCGAAGACGGCAAAUCCCCCGACGGACCGCACUUCCCAGCUUACAUGGGGACUACGUUCCCGUACCUUUGCAAACUGGCACUAAUCGCCCACGACAUGAUUUGGGUGAACUACGGCAACAUCUUGCGGGUGGAAGGGUACAGCAUGAUCGAGCACAUGGAGGUGCUCUAUGGACGGUAUCUAGAAUGGGCCGACAGGUUGCCGCUGGAACUGGUGCGAGGCGGAGAGAGCGCUCACCACGUUCUGAUCAUGCACAUUUACUUCCAUGCGUUUGUGCUAGAUCUUUUCCGGCCCCUGGUCCACCACGGCGACGCUAUACGGGCCCGGCUCGAGUCCUUUACCUCCCAGCAAGCGUCUCCCGAGGCCAUCUGCCUCGCCUCGGCGACUCAACUAGGCCGGAUCGUGGUCACGUACCUCCAACGGUUCAGCUCCGCGUCCCACAGCUUCCCCUGGAGCACGGCGCUCCUCUACUUUGCAAACGCCGUCAUGCGGGAACUGGGGCGCGCCGCCGACACCUCGGAGAAGCUCGCCGACUUGCGCACAUGCAUCUUCGGCUACCAGAGGCUGCAACGCUCGUUCCGGCUGUCGUAUGGGAUCAUCCGCAGCCUACUCUCGAUGGCGCUGCGGGAAGGGGCUGUUGGAUCCUCGGAGGCGAGGGCCAUCAUCAACGACACGGACGAGAGGGCGAAGCAUCACCGGGGCCACGGCGAGAUCCAGGCGCCGUUCAUCGUCGACCUCGACCUCGGGACGUUGGAUCCGGCGGCGGCGCACGUCGACAGGCUGGCGGCCGAGUUCGAGGAGCUCGCGAUCUUCAACGAGUUCACGGUGAUCGUUUCGGGGCGGGAGACGACAAACACCUCGACCGAGGCCAUGGGUUCCGACACGGAAGGCCAAUAUAGUGGCAACACAGGAGGGGAGGUGGGGAGAGGCGAAUGA